GGGGUAGCGCCCCCCCCGGUUCGCCUGACUGGUGGCCUGUGGCGACGGGGAGAAGCAUGACAACACUAACAGCGUGUGCGAAGCGCCUACCGCAGGCAUUUGGGCUCAAGCCUUUCUGGCGCAAGGCCCGUCUCCGCUAGACUCUUUCGCUUGCACGGCAAACCGUUCGCCUGUGGGCCGCACGUGGCUCUGCCCCCUGUGCGCGGAUGUCCGUGGCCGCGACGAAGACAAGCACGGCGACGAGGACCAGCACGGCCGCGAGGGUGAUUGUCUUGACCAGCCUCCCGAUCUCCCUCGCGUGGCGCUCCGCCGGGUUCCGCUGGGCGCAAGACGACAUGCCGGCCGAGUUCUCCCGCAUCGCGCCGCUGCUGCUCGGCUCGCUGCUGCUCUGCGUUGUACUUCUCUUCCUUCUCCUCGCGCUGCACGGCCGCGCGGAGGCCCGCAAGUUAUGCAACAAGAGGUAUGCCAGCGCCACCCUUCCGGGAGCCUUUUCCGCGUUGACUUUCGUACUUGAAAAUUUCGCGCUCGCGAACGGCCUCAGCGCGACCUUGGUGGUUCUGCUCAACAAGUGCGCGAUUCUGCCGGGCGUCCUCGGGGAGAUCUGGUUGACGCGGACCACGCCGUACCGCACGCAGCUCCUCACCAUGACGGCUUUGCUCUUGUGCAUCGUUGUCUACUCGCUCGGUGACGAGGGAGAAAUUGACAUGUCGCUCGUCGGGUUGCUCUUGGGCCUUGGUGCAGCCCUCUCAGACGGAGUCGGCGACAUCGCCUUUGAGGCUACGGCGAAGUCCUGCCUCGACGACCUGGAGGAAGAUUCGGGUGCCGAGACGCUCAGGUGCUUCCUCGUGAGCGAGCUGUACAAGUGCGUGUUCAACAUCAUACUGAUGCUCGUCUUCGAGCACAAGCACCUGUCGCGUGGUCUAUUCCAUGGCUGGGGCCUCCCCAUGCUCGCCGGCGGUAUCAUGCCGCUCCCCGUGAUGGUCGCGCUUUACAACACGGCCAUCUUGACAGCCGGCAACUUGAAGACCAGGAUCGUUGCGUCCGCCGAUAUCGGCAUCGCCUACUUGAUGGAUGCGGUUAUCUUCGGUGACACGGUCAGGAUCUCCCAGUGCCUGUUGAUCUUCGCCAUCAUCGCCCUGAUCGGCGUCUAUACCCAGUUCGCCGCCGACGUGCAGAAGGCCGCCGCAGACGCCCUCAUCAGGUCGGAGAAGCCAGGCGCAGAUGCUGUGUGUAGGGUGUGAGAAGUUUCCGCGGCCCCUCAUCAGGGGAGCUCUGCGUCUCGGCCAAGGCAGCGGCUUUGCGGCCCCCUCGAGCCAGAGCGGCUUGAGCCAGGCUACGGAACACGCACACACACAC